AUGGAGAGAGAAAAGAGGAAUGACAUGUCCUUCUCCAGAAAGAGAAGUUUCACUUUUGGUGCAUAUGGAGGUGUGGACAGAUUUACAUGUGGGGAUGAAGCGAGACCUGAAUCUGUCGAGCAGAACAUACUGGAUAUUCUGGACUCUCCUGCCACUGAGACCAAGCCUUUCCUGUCUGCCGGCAGCAACCAGAGGGGGACAGAGCUGUUUGAAAUUAUAGAAAAGCUGCAGGGCAGUAGGAUAGAUGAGCAGCGAUGCGCAUUCCCUCCACCUCUGAAGUCUCAGCUUUUAAAAAUGGGUGGGGAGCUGCCCCUCAUCCUGCCGCCAAAGCUGGGAGGCUACUGGAUAGACCCCCCACUGGAGAAGCUUGUAGAUGCGAGUCCCACCUUGUCCCGGCGUGGCCUGGACCCCGAGAGCUACGACAUCAUGGAGAGAGACAGCGAGGCCAAAAUCUACCAUGAGUUCUUCCACUCACGAUAUCAUCACUCAUUCACAGCAGUGGAUCCCUCCUUGGGACCAUUAGUUCUCUCAGUGUGUUUGGAGGAAGAGGAGAAGAGGCUGCGAGUGAUACUAAGAAUGAAGGAGUGCUCUUUGCAUGGAGUUUUCUCUGUCUCUCUUUUUGCCAAUAUGCCCUCCGCUGCUGAGUUAGCAAAGAUGCUCUGUGACAGUGUGACUGUCUCCAGGUUUGAAGUAGUCAGCUAUCUCAAGGCUCCAGAGCUCAUAACAGCUUUUGAUGAACACAGAGUGUCUCCUAACUUCAAGUUUGGCAUAUUGUACCAAAAGGAUGGGCAGCUCACUGAGGAGGACAUACUUAGUAACAAUGAGGAAAGUGAGGAGUUUAAAGAGUUCCUCUCUAUUUUGGGAGAGACAAUUCAGCUGCAAGGCUUCACCGGAUUCAGAGGAGGUCUGGAUGUGUGUCACGGCCAGACAGGAAGCGAUGCAGUGUUCACUUCCUUCCAUGGAAGAGAAAUCAUGUUCCAUGUCGCUACUAAGCUGCCUUUCACAGAGGGUGACCCACAGCAGUUACAAAGAAAAAGACACAUCGGUAAUGACAUCGUAGCUGUGGUCUACCAGGAAGGCCACACCCCUUUCCUAUCCGAUGUCAUUAGCUCCCACUUUCUGCACUGUUUCCUGGUGGUGCGAAGGGUCCGAAGAGGGGAGGAGGAGGAGACAGGAACGGUAGCAUACCAGGUGUCUGUCACAGCCAGAGAGGAUGUGCCCCCCUUUGGUCCGGUACUCCCAGAUCCUCCCAUCUUCACAAAUCGUUCCCUGCUGAGAGAGUUCCUCCUGACCAAGCUCAUCAAUGCCGAGAUUUCCUGCUAUAAGGCAGAGAGAUUCAGCCGACUGGAGCUACGCACUCGUUCAUCGCUUCUGGAGAGCUUGCAGGCUGAGCUCUCCACCCGGUCCCAGUGCAUGAUGGGGGAUCCAACACUGUCCUCUCUCCCGUCUUCUGAGGGUGUUAGAGGCGGCUCUGAGGGGAGUGGAGGCUUCAUUGAAAACUUUAAGAGAGCCAUCAGGGUGCGGAGCCAUUCGUUUGAGACUCUUGGGGUACCAAAGAAGAUUGGUGGGAUUGUAACACAGAAGCCUAAGCUGAGUGAGAAGGAUGGGGAGAGUGAUAAAUCUCCAGGAAAUAAGACUCCCUUCACAGACAGCGUGGGACCUGCAGAGCUCAAAGACCAAGCCAGUCCUCAGGAGGAGACGUAAAUAGAAAUAUUAAUGUGUAGAUUUUAGACUUUAAUGUACAUACUAAAAUCACGAUAUAGCUAUUUCUUGAUAAUCCCCGUGGAUGACCUGUAUGUAAAUAGAGUGUAAAACCAAAGAGCAUGCACUAUUUUACUGUCA